AUGUACUCGCCGCCUCCGCCUCCGCCGCGGGCGCCGUCGCCGCCGCCCUCCAUGACGAGCAACUUCUCAGAGAGCUCCAGCAGCAGCUCGUCCUCGUCGCCAGCAAUGUCAUUCGAGAUGAGGCCCUUCCGCCUGCCCACCUGGUCAUGGCGGUGUCCCAGGUGCGCCUUCUCCUACCGAGUGUCCGCCACGGUGCGCUGUCUCGAGUGCGGCCAAAGACUGGGCCGGAGGCUGGUUCGCAGGACAACGACAGACGGGGCGGUGCUGCAGCUCCAAGACGCCACCGACGACUUUGACAUCGAUGGCUGGGCGGCGCAGAGGAACUGGGCGAGGACGACGCGAGAGAUUGCCGCCGAGGCGCAGGUCGGGAGGGGUGAGGCUCUCGACCGUCCUCCACGCCCGCGGCCCAGCUGUUACCUGGACUGCGCGCACCCGGGCGAGUGUUACUUGGCUAUGGAUCCUGUUCCGCACGACUGGGAUUCGAGAUGGAGGUUUAGACGUUACUCGUGGAUACGGUGA